AUGGCCAAUGAUAAAGAAACUGAAAUCCGCAGCAACUUCGCCUUCGUGGAUGUUUUUCAAACCCACUCUAGGGCAGUACUUCAACUCUCCUCUGAAGAGGAGUUACUCCAACUGCUUAAGCAUGACGUUCUUGAUAAAUUGGAGGCUUUGUUUAUUGUCCCCAUUCCACCUGAUAGCUAUCAAGCCCAGCGAACUGUUUUUGUGGCGAGAAUCAACAGCUUCAUAAGAGACAGCUCUGUGGAGGAACUUCUUGCAGAACUUACUCAGGAGAAUUCUGAAUUUAAGGUUCUCAAUGCAUAUAAAUUCCCUAAACCUGCCAGAAAACAGGGUACUUCACCUGGUCUACCAAAUUUUCACUUGGAGCCCCCACGGUCUCCUUUGGAUACUCAUGUGCCUCUGCUUCCUGUAACUGGGGAUAUCACACCUCAGUUAUCCAGUGAUGACUCAAAUGCUUCUGUUGAUAUUACCACCACCAGUGAGGAUGGUGACAUGAUGUAUGACAUAGCUAAAAAGUUUGUGUACAAUGUUUUCGAAAAAAAUUUAAAGAUACAAGGAGGGGACUUCACUGACUUCAAUGGCACAGGUGGUGAAAGCAUUUAUGGGGAGAAAUUUGAAGAUGAGAACUUUGAAUGUAAGCAUUCUUCUGCUGGCAUUCUCUCCAUGGCUAAUGCUGGCCCAAACACAAAUGGAUCUCAGUUUUUUAUCACUCUCUCGGAUACUCCUCAUCUGGAUGGGAAACAUGUGGUGUUUGGUCGUGUGGUAAAGGGCCUAGGAGUUGUAAAUGUCUUGGGAAAGCAGAAAACAGAUGGUGAUAAACCAGUUGAGAGGUGCGAAAUAUAUGAUUGUGGAGAGUUUAAACCUGGUGAAUCCUUUAACAUUGUUGACAACGAUGGCACAGUGGACACCUACCCUCAGUUCCCUGAUGAUUCAGACAUCAAUUUUGAUAAGGCUUCUAUGGAUGAGUUAGCUACAGUUAUCAACAAUAUAAAGGAUGCUGGAAAUGCUUUCUUCAAGGAGCGAGAUUACUCUACUGCUGUCAAGAAAUACCAGAAGUGUCUUUUGUAUCUUAGCUAUAUAAAGGACUGUGGCUCUACCAAGAAUAUCAAAUACUCCGACUCAGAUAUGAACACCCUGAAGAAUCUGACAGUGUCCUGCCUCCUCAACCAUGCUUUGUGCUCAUCAAAGCUAGGCUGGUCUGACAGAGCUAUUUCUGAUUGCAGUAAAGUAAUGAAUUCCAGAUUUUUGGGCCUUUUAUGUGCAUUGCGUUUUUACGUAGUGUUAGAUGGACACGAGGAACAUCAAAGAGUGAUCUGUGCCUUGUGUUGUGGUCAUGUGUUUUGUUGAGGUUGGUAAGGAGAA